AUGCAAUCAAGAAUCGUCGGGUUAGCUCCGGCGUUUUCCCUCUUCCCUAAUCUAAACACACCUCACAAAACCUUCACUUUCCAUCAAAUCUUGGUUCUCAUCAUCACUUUCGUAGCCUAUGCAUCGUUUCACGCCUCUCGCAAACCUCCCAGCAUCGUCAAGAGCGUUCUUGGACCGUCCGUUGCAUCUAACACUUCCUCGAUCGACGAAUCCAUCGAUAAUGGAUGGGCUCCGUUUAACGGAACCCAAGGGACCCAGAGACUCGGUGAGCUCGAUCUGGCUUUCCUUUCUUCCUAUGCUCUGGGUAUGUACUUUGCUGGGCACUUUGGUGAUAGAAUCGAUUUGAGAUUAUUUCUUGUAUUCGGAAUGAUGGGCAGUGGGAUCCUCACUGUAAUUUUCGGAUUAGGGUAUUGGAUGAAUGUGCAUUUACUUGGCUAUUACAUGACUGUUCAGAUUGUUUGUGGCUUGUUUCAAUCCAUUGGAUGGCCUUGUGUUGUGUCCGUUGUUGGUAACUGGUGUGGUAAAGAGAAACGUGGGUUGAUUAUGGGUCUGUGGAACUCUCAUACAUCCGUAGGGAACAUCCUUGGCUCGGUUAUAGCUUCCUCCGUUCUCGAAUUCGGAUGGGGCUGGUCCUUUGUUUUGCCUGGUGUUCUGGUGAUCGUGUCUGGACUUCUUGUGUUUCUUUGUCUUGUUGUGAGUCCUCAUGAUUUGGGGUUUGAAGAACCGGGGAAGGAGAUGGAGAUCGAGAUGAGUUUAGCUGAUAAUGUAGAGGCUACUUUGAGAAAACCGGAAGCUGAGGAUGCAGGGCUUCUUGAAACCGCAAAUGAAUUGGAUGAAUCCUUGGCUGCUAUCGGGUUUCUUGAGGCAUGGAGAUUGCCAGGUGUCGCGCCUUUCGCUUUCUGCUUGUUCUUCUCAAAACUCGUCGCGUACACAUUCCUGUAUUGGUUGCCAUACUACUUAAGGCACACUGCUGUUGCGGGUGUGCAUUUGUCCCACAAAACCGCUGGGAUUCUCUCCACAGUCUUUGACAUAGGAGGAGUGCUUGGUGGUAUAUCAGCAGGUUUCAUUUCCGAUAAAAUCAAAGCCCGUGCCCUUACAUCAAUCACAUUCUUGUCACUCUCCAUUCCUGCCCUAAUUCUGUACAGAAUCUAUGGGAGUGUGUCCAUGUUCAUCAACAUUGCCUUGAUGUUUAUAUCCGGGUUAUUAGUAAACGGUCCUUAUGCACUCAUAACAACAGCCGUUGCAGCUGAUCUUGGAACACAAGAAUCCAUUAGAGGAAACGGUCGGGCAUUGGCCACAGUGACAGCUAUCAUAGACGGUACUGGUUCGGUUGGGGCGGCUCUGGGACCGUUGCUCGCUGGUUACAUAUCGAGCAGAGGGUGGAACAGUGUUUUCUUCAUGCUUAUUAUUUCAAUUUUUUUCGCGGGUUUGUUCUUGAUUCGGCUUGCAAAGGCUGAGAUCAAAGAGAGGAGUUCUGGAGAAGUCAUACCGUCGAGCGAUCCUUAA